AUAAAAUAUGUGGUCGAAUGAAAACUUAAGAAAUAAUGUUUGCUUUAAAAUGUCAAAAACAUUUCCAAAGUGUUGCAAUAAAUACAAAAGUUAAGUGCAGCGUUUUUACAAAAUUAAAAAAGAAAAGAACUCAACGAUUCACAUGAGUGAAGCAAACUAUUUAACUUACUCAAACGACAUACUCGUGCAUCUAAUGUUAAUCUCAUUUAACCGAAAUCUUCUAUAAAACCACAAUCAAAUCGAAAAAUUCUCCAAGAAUCUAACACAACAAAAGACACACUAAAACCACAACUUCAACUCCCGUGCAAAAUGCAACACACCGCAACUCGCAUGCAUUUAUGUGUUGCAACUUUGUGCUUCGUCUCAUUAACGUUAACCGCAACACUGGUAAAUUGCCAACGCCCACUACUGAAUCAUACUUUCAAUGCAAUAAUCCAAGCGCAGCAACACAAUUAUCUCGGCAGCGGUAAGCAAUUGCGUAAUGGACGCACACAUGAUUUGCCUAUACCGCAGCCCACCAUGCCGACCGCACAGAUACAAAGAGCUGUGCCACUCUAUGAUGACUUCGAUGUGGAUGGAAUGGGAACACGUAUGCCACCCCUUACAGGUGGGAGGCGAGAGAACAGGCGACGCUUAAAUUUGGCUAGUUUGGGUACGGGAAACUUGCCACGCGGUGAUCGUGGUAAUGCAAGACGUGGCAUUGAUUCAUUACGUAAAGAACUGAUGAAGCCAUCUGUGGGUGGACCAGGUGGUGGCAUUAGCGGCAAUAGUGCCGGUUAUCCUUCAUACUCUGCUACCUCAUCAAUUGGUAAGAUCGAUGGCAUAGGCAGUUUGGGUCCAGCCGAUCGAUAUGGCGACCAAUUGCGACCUGCGGCAGUACACUCAACACGGUUUCCUCCGCAAUACUUGGCCAAUCAAGCAGGUGCAGUUGAUGAAAAGCCUUUACGUUUAAGUCCUAAGAAAUCAUCGAAUUCCAUAUCGGAAAUAAUGAAAUUGAACAAUAAUGCUAAAAUGCAACGUUAUACUCCACAUGGUCAAGCUGAUGAACCGGCUGGGGGUGUUACACAUGGAAACAUCGAAGAUGUUGAUGAUGAACAUGAUCCCAUGCAAGUCAUUAAAGAAAAAAUGCGCAUAACUGCGCCUAAAUCCAAUCCAUAUGAAUCUCAUACUGAAGCAACACCUUCCUCUGAAAUUGAGGAUCAACUUGGCGUAAAAUGUACAUUUGAAACACCUUGCGCCUGGAAAUGGACUGAAAAUUUACCAGAUGGUUUUCAAAUUCUGAGUGGCGCUGAACUGGCCAAAAGAAAUAUGACUGGAUUACUUCCAGGACCUAUUGCAGACUCUGUUGAUGAUGCAAAUGGUCAUUUUUUAUACGCACGUCUAUCACCAAAUACAGUACAAGUAAAUCUUACUUCUCCACAAUUUAGUACAACUAUGGAGAAAUGUUUUCUCGAAGUCUAUAUGCACCAAAGUGACAUGAGUCAUGGACUCUCACGUGUUGUUGUAGAACCUCUGCAUUCACAGGAAAGCGCUUGGGUACCUGCAGAAAUACUAGGUGACAAUUUUCGACAAUGGGGUAGAAAAUUUUAUCGAUUAGGUCGCAUAUCACGUGAUUUUCGUAUUGUUUUCGAAAUUGUACCGAAAUUGCAGGAAGGUCAGAAAGCACAUGUGGCCAUUGAUAACCUACGUAUGGUCAAUUGUUUUCCAGAAGGCACCAAAUCUGAAAAGUGUAGCACUUCACAAGUAAAGUGUAUGAUGAAUAAAGUAGCGGUAUGCAUACCUUUGCCGCGAAUAUGUGACAUAACCAGGGACUGUGAUGAGGCUGAAGAUGAGCUACUGAAUUGUGACAAAAUACCAUACGGUGGCCGCUGUGAUUUUGAGAAUGAUUGGUGUGGUUGGCACGAUUCGGGUAAAACCAUACUUUCAUGGUCUCGUCACACAGGCUCUUCGCCGACGCACGAUACUGGACCCGAUGGUGACCACACCUUCCAGCAUCUGGUGAAUGCAACUGGCGGUUAUUAUAUGCUUGUCGAUAUGAAUCAACAUGUCAAUAACUCCGAGAAGGGUUCACUCAUUGGUUUCGCUAGUAACGCCAUUAUGAUAAGCAAAACAUUUAAUCCGCCACCUCUAGUACAUGGAAACCCUAAUUCACCGUACCGCAAUUCAUGUGUGGUACGUUUCUAUAUACAUCAAUUUGGUAAGAAUCCUGGCAGUAUAAAUUUAUCGGUUGUUGAAAUGAAAGAAAAGGAAAAUAUAACCACCACGCUCUGGUGGAGUACUAAAAACCAAGGAAGUGACUGGUUGCGUGCUGAAUAUGUGCUGCCAAAUAUUACAUCUAAGUAUUAUCUCCAAUUUGAGGCACGCAUGGGUAUGCGCAUUUAUUCUGAUGUUGCCGUCGAUGAUUUUUCACUAAGUCCUGAAUGUUUUGGUUUAAAUAUACCGGACGAACACUUGAACGGAUAUAACUACUGGGACAUGAGGCAUAACUAUAAGAGUCCGUCACAUAAAGACUUUGAACAUAAACACUAUUUAGAGUUAACAACGUGUGAUACGCGCGGUAUGAUAGGACCGACGCAAUUACAAUGUGAAGCAUCUUAUACUGCAAAUAAUAAAACUCUGGUGCUCAAGGAGGUGUGGGUGGAAGAAGGCCAAAGUACUUAUAAGGGCAUGCAAAAGUGGAAGGUACCAAACGAAGGCUACUAUACCAUUAUAGCCAAAGGUGCAAGCGGCGGCUUAGGAUCCGGUGGUGUAGGUUCAUCUCGUGGUGCUAUGUCUACUGCGGUACUGGAAUUACAUAAAAAUGAAGAAUUAUAUAUUCUAGUAGGACAGGAAGGUGAAAAUGCUUGCAUCAAAUCCAUGAGCUUUAAAGAAGAAGGCUGCGGUGCUGAUGCGCCAGAACUAGAUUUAAGUAAAUACAGUUUUAGUUCGAAACAACAUAUGGUGAGAAAUAUUUACUUAGAAAAUGGUGCUGGUGGUGGAGGAGGUGGCUCUUAUGUCUUCUUGCUUAAUUCGGCUAAAAAUGAGGCAGUUCCACUUGUUGUUGCUGGUGGCGGUGGUGGUCUGGGCAUAGGACAAUAUAUUGAUGAAGACUUUCAGCAUGGUCAAAAAGCAAUUACAUCACGUGAGGGUGUUACAGGUCAAAUACAUGAAGAGCCACUCAAUAAAAAGACAGCCGGGCCUGGAGGCGGUUGGCGUGCUAAAGCACACCAGGCACUUAGUCCGAAGUUUGGUGCUGCCCUUUUGCAAGGUGGUCGCGGAGGUCAUUCUUGCUAUGUAGAAAUUAAUAAUGGAACCACAACUAACAAACAUGGCCAAGGUGGCUUUGGUGGUGGUGGUGGUGGCUGCAAUACAGGUGGUGGUGGAGGCGGCUAUGCUGGAGGAGACGUCUUUCUUAACGAAUCUAAUGGUGAAGGAGGCACAUCUUUUGUUACCACAAGUCGUAGCUUAAGAGAAUUCACAGUUAUAUAUGAAGGUGCCACAAGUGGUCCUGGUUCAGUCAUUAUAAUACCGGCUAUUGAAGGUUGUGGUUGCGAUUUUCGCUGCAUAGCACUCGAUGAAUACAGAUCGUCUGUUCGUUGCAUAUGUCCUGAUGGCUGGCGUUUAAAGAAAGAUAAUCAUACAGCUUGUGAAGUGAUGGCAGACGAAGGCAUUACUUUUGCACACCUAAUAGGUGUUUUCAUAUUUUUGGUUGUGCUUUUACUCUUUUUCAUAACAGCACUCAUAGUUAUCUUAUAUAAUCGUUAUCAACGUAAGAAGCAAGCUAAGUUACGGCACAAAAUGCUUCUGGAACAGGAUCUACAAUUAAGCCGGUUACGUCACAAUGUGGACGACACAAAUUUGACCAACUUUAAUCCCAAUUAUGGUUGUGAUGGCAUUCUCAAUGGCCACAUAGAUGUGAAAAAUUUACCACAAGUUGCUAGAGAAAGUCUACGUUUGGUCAAAGCACUCGGACAAGGGGCUUUUGGUGAAGUUUACCAAGGACUUUAUAGACAUCGGGACGGUGAUGCCGUUGAAAUGCCAGUUGCAGUUAAAACUCUACCGGAAAUGUCAACACGUCAAGCUGAGGAAGAUUUCUUAAUGGAAGCAGCGAUUAUGGCCAAAUUUAAUCAUCCAAAUAUGGUACACCUAAUUGGUGUUUGUUUUGAUCGACAUCCCCGUUUUAUUGUUCUGGAACUGCUGGCUGGUGGUGAUUUAAAGAAUUUCCUUAGAGAGGGUCGCAAUAAACCUGAACGUCCUUCUCCACUUACUAUGAAAGAUUUAGUAUUUUGUGCUUUAGACGUUGCCAAAGGUUGUAGAUAUAUGGAAAGUAAACGGUUCAUACAUCGAGAUAUUGCUGCUAGAAACUGCUUGUUAAGUAGCAAGGGCCCUGGACGUGUGGUAAAAAUUGCUGAUUUCGGUAUGGCACGUGACAUAUAUCGAAGUGAUUACUAUCGAAAAGGGGGUAAAGCUAUGUUACCUAUUAAAUGGAUGCCCCCCGAAGCUUUUAUGGAUGGUAUUUUCACUUCAAAAACAGAUGUAUGGUCAUUUGGCAUAUUGCUCUGGGAGGUUUUCAGUUUAGGUCAAAUGCCCUAUACUGGUUUGUCCAAUCAUGAAGUUAUGGAACUUGUAACAAAUGGUGGUCGUUUGGGUGCACUACCUGGUUGUCCACAAGCAAUGUACACCAUAAUGAUAAGUUGUUGGAAUCCAACACCAGAAGAUCGUCCAACAUUUACCACACUGCUCGAUCGCUUGACGGCAUGUACACAGGAUCCGGAAGUGAUGAAUGCACCUUUACCGACUACAUACCGCCCACCCUCAACUGAACGCGAUCAGACUAUAAUGCGUCCGCCAGGUGGUGAUGAGUUUUGUUUACCAGUACCGCAAUCAUCGGAUUACUUAAUACCGUUACCAGGUAUACGUAAUGGUGGCGAAUAUGCUAGCGGCAUAAGUCGUGGCACUGUAGCAACUGGCUCAGCUACAUGUACACCACCAGCAGUAACAUCACCAUCUGCACCCAAUGGCAAUUCUAUUGGCGAUGAGCAAGGUGGUUGCUGGGAAACAUCAUUUAUUUUACCCAGUUCUAAGAGUGAUCAACCUUUGCUCAGCUCCACAAAUGACUCACAACGCAGCAUCAAUGGCAUUGGUAACAGUAGCUGCGCAUCAACUGCCAAUGGCAGUGUGCAUAGCAGUAAUAAUAGCAGCCAACGCUCACCUAUAUUACACAACACUGGCAACAACGGUCCAAUAGUCAAUAAAUUGACAAAUGGCAGCGUAAAACCAGAUGAGGAAGCCAAGCUUAUCAGUCUUGAUACGCCACAACCAACUCCAACAACCAUACAACCUCCAUUAUCAUUCUCGUCGCAGUUGGACGGAAUCACAUUGGAUCCAGCAGCAUUAACUAAAAGCCUACAGAAUGGCAGUGCAAACACUGCUGCCAAUAAACAAUCGUACGCUAAUAUACAAAUGAUGUCAUCAGCUCAUAAGGGUGGCAACCUCGUCACCGCUAAUAACUGCGCUGACAAGCUCAGCGAGAAAAUGAAUGGCGGAGCAGUGCAAUUACAACAUAACAGCACCAAUAACAACAAUAACAAUAAUAAUGCCGUUAUAACGGUGAAUGGCAGCACAGGUACAACUUUGAAUGGUGGAAACUCUGCACCUUUCACAAUACAAGGAUACAAUGAUCGCUUCAAGGAUAACCAUGCCGAGAUUAGCUGUUAAAUGCGAGAGAAACCUUUGAGACCUUUAAAACCUUUGAAUAUUGGAAUUAAAUUAAUAAAAAAUUAAUAAAUAAAAUUGCAGUUCCAAGAGUUGCGGUGAGCGCCAACUCUCUCACGUUUAACGUGUGUAAUCUGCGGUUUUGGUGUACAGGGUGCGUUGGUUGUAAUUUAAUGAACAAACAAAGCAAAACAUUUGCAUUAUUUGAAAUUUGAUUAUAUAAGUAAUUAAGAUUGUUUAUAAAA